UGUGGCUGUGUUAGGCAGGUGAAGUUGUAGGUUGUGUUGGCGAUGAAAUUCCUCUAUUGGCGCGUGUGCAAAUCCAUCUCUCGCGCUCUCGCGCACUACAGACAGAGCAGUGUUGUCUCGAGCUCGCCGUGAGCGGACUGUUACCGAGGCUCCUGACGGCGGAGGGAGGGACACGCAGUCCUGAGAUGCUCCUUCAUGAGGAGCAAAGCAAUACAUCAGCGACUCCAAUGCGGUGCCCAAUGUUUCUAAUUCGGUUUCUGCGUCCGUUUCCCGCAGGAUGCCGUUUGGUAAAAAAUGCGCAUAUGAAAUAAACGUGGGUGGGAUGCCUUCUGCGUUGGCCACUGGAUCUACUGCCGUUAAAACGUUUGGAGAAAGGCUGGAAAACUGAUCUGUAUGCCGAGCAAACUGGAUGGGAGAUUUCUGAGGGAGAUUUCCGCGCCGGCGUGAAUAGACGCUUUGUCCUUUGCGUCUUUCUUCACGUCUUCUGAGAGGAUUGUAUCCGCGUUUCUCCCCAAAUGGUCUUAUUUUCGUAUCUAUCCACUAAACACGGCGAUAUCGUACUGUUUUUACCUCACAGUGCCAUGUUUUCUCUGAGGCGAUCCGACGUGAGGCGAAAAGUCUGACCGGACCUCCUCCUUCAGAAGUAAACCAUCAACAUUUCUGGAUUCUUCGACCGUUUUUCAUUCUAAGUGUGUUUUUGGAAGCUAUAAUUCACGUUUUGGAUUAAAUAUAUGCUGAAACUAUAAAUCAGUUUGGGGAUUUCAAAAGAUCGCUUGAAUCGAGGCAGCCGUUUGGAAUGAAGAACCGUUAAGAAGCGCCGUUAAAUAUUUCGCGGCAUUUUUGGAUUCGAAUUCCUGGUCUAUAUUCAUACGUUUAUUGUUUUAUACAUACAAUACAUUUAUCCAAGUGAGCAUAUUGUUUCGAGACUCUGGACCCAGAGGAGGUGAUUUAGACAUCAUCCAUCUGAAGAUUCCGGACAUUUCUGUGCUGCUCUGAACUUGAGGCGUUUGGAUGCUCCAGGACGAAGGUGGCAUCACUCCAGUUACCCAGAAGCCCUUGAAAAGACGAGAGAUGCCCUUUUGAGAUGACUGACACUGGAAUGAACUUCAUAUCUGGUUUAGGAAGCUGAUGAAUCAUGGAGAGGCUGGUGUUUUACGUGCUGGUGUUCGGUGCGCUGGUGAAGGCUCAGCAUUGCCCGGGCCGCUGCAUCUGUCAGACCAUCUCGCCCACGCUCACGCUCCUCUGCGCCAAAACCGGCCUGCUCUUCGUGCCGCCCACCAUCGACCGCAAGACCGUCGAGCUGCGUCUGACCGACAACUUCAUCACCGCCGUCCGCCGAAAAGACUUUUUGAACAUGACGAGCCUGGUGCACCUCACUCUGUCCCGCAACACCAUCAGUCAGAUCGCGCCGCAUGCUUUCCUCGGCCUGAAGGCUCUGAGAGCGCUGCACAUGGACGGGAACCGGCUGACGGUCAUCAACAGUGACCAGCUGAAGGGUCUGAUCAACCUGAGGCACCUGAUCCUGGGCAAUAACCAGAUUCACCUCAUCGAACUGUCCUCCUUCGACGAGUUCGUCUCCACCAUCGAGGACCUGGAUUUGUCCUACAACAACCUGAGGACGUUACCGUGGGAAGCCAUCGCCAGGAUGACCCACAUCAACACCUUAACGCUGGACCACAAUCUGAUCGACCACAUCAGCGCCGGGACCUUCACGCUCCUCACCAAGCUGGUGCGGCUGGACAUGACGUCCAACCGUCUGCAGACGCUUCCGCCGGACGCACUGUUCCAGCAGGCGCAGGUGCUGUCCGAGCCCAGAGCGUCCGGCUCGUCCAAACUGACGGUGAGCUUCGGGGGAAACCCGCUGCAUUGUAACUGUGAGCUGCUCUGGCUGCGGCGCCUGACGAGGGAAGACGACCUGGAGACCUGCGCUUCUCCUGAACUCCUGAUGGACAAGUACUUCUGGUCCAUUCAAGAGGAGGAGUUCAUCUGCGAGCCGCCGCUCAUCACCAAACACCAGGUCACCAAACCCUACGUGAUGGAGGGUCAGGGCGUGACUCUCAAGUGUAAGGCGAUGGGUGACCCCGAUCCCACCAUUCACUGGCGCUUUCCCGACGGCAAACUGGUGCACAAUAACUCUCGCACGAUCCUGUAUGACAACGGCACGCUGGACAUCCUGAUCACCACGAUGAAGGACAGCGGCGCCUUCAACUGUGUGGCCUCCAACGCGGCCGGCAUCGCCACCGCAGCCGUGGAGGUCAACAUGAUCCCGCUGCCGCUCUUCGUCAACAACUCGGGUCACAUGAGGGAGGCCGACCCGGGGCUCUCCGACAUCACCACAUCCACCAAAUCCGGCAGCAACGACACCAAACCACAGAACAAGAGGGUGCUGGUGGAAAACCUGACCGCAAACUCAGCCGUCAUCCACUGGCCGUCUGAGCGCCACAUUCCCGGGAUCAGAAUGUACCAGAUCCAGUACAACAGCACCGUCGACGACACCCUGGUGUACAGGAUGAUUCCGUCAGUCAGUAAGACGUUCAGGAUCAACGAUCUGGCGGCGGGCCGCGAGUACGAGCUGUGUGUGUUGGCGGUGUAUGACGACGGCAUCACGUCUCUGACGGCCACACGCGUGGUGGGCUGUGUUCAGUUCCACACGGGAGCGGAGGCGGGUCAGUGCCGCUUCAUCCCCAGCCAGUUCCUCGGCGGCACCAUGAUCAUCAUCAUCGGCGGCAUCAUCGUGGCCUCCGUCCUCGUCUUCAUCAUCAUCCUCAUGAUCCGCUACAAAGCUUACGGCGGGGCCGACGCAGCCAAAGCCAAAGCGCAAGGAGACGCCGGCGUAAACGUGCACUCACAGACCAACGGGAGUCGCCCGGGACGCUCCGGCUCGAAGCAGGAAGAGCAUCCCGAGUCUCCCGGCGGGAAAGACUGCAAGGCUCUGGUGCUGCUGAAGAUGGAGGAAGUGCAGGAGGAGCUCAAAGUCGAGCUACCGUCUGAGAAAGCGCCGCCGUUGUCGUCUCGGAGAGCCAGUCUGGGGGACGAAACGCAGACGGACAGCAGCCUGACGGGCUCCACCAUGUCCCUGUGUCUGAUCGGGUCCGGGGCCAACCCGGCCGAGCCCCCUCGGAAGGGGCCGCUGGCCAACAUGGGGCUCCUGCCCAGCGAACUGGCCCGGACUCGGCAUCGCUUCUCCUUCGACGGAGACUAUGCUCUAUUCCAGAGCCACAGUUACCCGCGCCGGGCUCGAACCCGCCGGCACAAAUCCACCACCCAGCUCAACACAGACGUGUCACCGCCCUGCAGCCGGAGGGUGACGUUCAGCAGCACAGAGUGGAUGUUGGAGAGCACGGUGUGACAGACUGAAGCACACACACACACACACACACGGACUGUCUACAUAUUGACGUUGUUGCAGUAACACACACUCCAUUGAUUCCUGUGUCCAGUUUAACACGUAUCAAACAUGACACAGCAAACCUAGUGAGCUGCCUACUUCGACGGUGUCUAAACAUGCAUUAAAUUGAUCAGAAGUGACAGUAUAGACAUUUAUAAUAAAUAAAUAAAUGCUGAAAAAUAAAAUGCAUCAACUGUGU